AUGACCGAACGAAAGAGCUCUGGUAGGCUGCAACCCCACCACCGCCAACCACAGUCGCAGUCGCAGUCACAGUCACAGUCCACGUUAAACAACACCACUACCCCGCCAAAAGCCUCACGAAUUGCUUCCAAUGUGCCCAAGGACCAAGCACGCCGACGCAUAUUUCCUUUGAAUGAUAUGCACAAGCACCAGAGUGGACGCACACCGGGGCCUAGCCAGCCCACCACCAACGUCGAUGAUUCAACACCACCUAGCCAGGAUGCCACUAAUGAAUCGGGCCAGCAGCAUACCCAGUCGCCUUCAGCCACGGAAAAAGCGCGCAGAGACUCGAGCAACCUUUGGGAGAGCACAAUGAAUGACGCCGUACAGCGCGAAAGCGAAGAGCUCGUGCGCCAAAACCACGAACUACGUUGCCGGGUUGCCCAGUUGGAGGACCAGCUCAUGUAUCCGAACAGUGCUCGACAACACAGCGACCGGCCAAAAUCACCAGACCAAGUAGGCGAUCUGAAACUUCGUUUGCAGGCUGCGGGGAAAGAGUCACAGGAAAGACUCCAGCAAAUCAUUGCCCUCAAAUCGAGCAUAUCAUCUCUUACACGUGUGCAGUCUCAGAUUACCGAUAGCGACCUUGUGGUGUCCUUGUCCGAACUUGCAAACCGCGUCCGAGAAUGGACGAUCUCUAACCUCAGGCGGACCAAGCUGAACCUUGAAAAUAUACCUAAAGAAACCGAAGAAACAGUUUGCAAGCUGUAUCCUCAAUACAGGAGUGGUAUCCAGGGUGCAGACAAGUUUGCCUUAUAUCAAGCUAUUAUCUCGACCUCGCUCAUGCCCAUUUUUGAAACACCUUUGGUCUUCGGGCUGCCAAAAUCGCUCACGGCAAUUCAGUCCUUUGCCGACGAGGUACAAGGCAGCGGUCCUGCCUAUAGUGAAUGGAAGCGCGCGACGAUACAAGUGCUUGAGAAUAGCAGAGUACAACCUGACCUUAUAAGAGAACGGGAGGAAUUGCUCCACCGUAUCCUCGGGGAUAUUUGUCAUCUGCUCUUUACCCUAACUUCCACUACCGUCACCUCGAGUGCGCAAUCAGCACUAAGUGGGAUUCUCAAGAAUGCUGUAGACUUCCAACGAACACUGGCUCUUCAGAAAGCGCGUUACCAGCUCCUUUUCUUUCGCAGUGAAGGCAAGAAAAUGUGCCUCGACGAUCGUACAAUGGAAGCUAUCAAUGAUGUUGAUUCCACCACGGACGACGAUACUCCUAUGGAGACGGACCGCACAUUCCUCUUCUGCGUAUUCCCUGGCCUCGUCAAGCAUGGUGAUGAGUGGGGUGAGCACGAUGAGAUGAGCAAUGUUUUGCUCAAAGCAAGGGUUUGCUCUGGAUUCGGGUAA